CUUCCCGCUGUCGCUUUCGCCGUCGUCCCUGUCGACUCUGUCGGCUCAUUCCUUUUGUUCUCAUUCCACUCUGCUCAUUCUCAUUCUCAUUCUACUCUCAAACUCCCUACGACACUUCCUCACCCCCCCGUAUGAUACCCAAGUCACUGACGCCAUGAAAAGACCUGCUCUGCGCUCCGCUAUACACACACUCAGUGUCUCCUCGGCCCUGCUUCUUGUCCUCGUCUCACUCGACCCGCACAGGACAGUCGUCCAAAGCUGCGGUGUCACCAUCCACAACGAGAUCGCCUUCCGCGCCAGUCGCAUCCUCCUCUCAGGGAUCUCAAUAUCAGACUCACAUUCAUCCUCGUAUCCCUCGCAUUCUCAAUCGUAUUCACCUUCACAAUCACACUCAAAAUGGAGUGUCCCAGAGGGCCAGCGUGGGAACUGGUCCAAGGGCCUGUAUGACUACGUCCCGCUACUGGAACAAAAGGAGUCCCUUUUCGCUGGUAGCUUCUUCCCUGACUGGGGCUACAAUUGCAUCGGCAAGCUGUGGAACGAGGCUGCGGAGGAGGCACAUUGGCCACCAUUUGCAGAGGCUGCUGUCAAGUACAUCCUCGAGACUUAUCCAAAACCUUGGACAGACCAUACUAAGGCGUUGAUUGUAUUCCUGUUUGGUACAGUGUCGCAUUCUCUGGGGGACAUGUCCUGGCACGCUCUGCGAGGCCUGGACGCUGGAUUCAUCAGGGCACUGGCCUACACGAGCUUUGAUGGCGAUUAUUCCAAGGGACACACACUGGCUGAUAUUGGCGCCGAAUUCGUCUUGAGCCACAUGAGCGAGAUGGAUCAUCUUGUCACCUCCUGGAAGGUUCCCGUCAAAGACAUCUCUGCCAUCUACAAGCGGAUGGGAUAUUACGUUCCAGGGCCAGUUCUAAGUCACUGCAUGCGAAACGGCUAUGCGGGGGCGCAAGCCAACGCAAGGCUCGGCACCCAGCUCUUCCCUGUGUAUGCAUCAAAGUCGCCAUUCUUGAUUGAACAGGUAGAAAAUUACCCGAUGGGAGGUCUUCGAGACAUGGCAGGGUGGACUAUCGAUUGCUGGAAUGGCCUUGCGGACUAUCUGGACCAGGGGCGCAAAUUACCGGACAACAACAACAGCAGCAAUAGUACGGCCACCUCGUUUGACAUGUGCUAUGCCCUCUCGGACGAGCGGAUAAAGCAAGAGCGCAAGGACGCAAUGGAGAAUAUACGCGAGGGACUAGUCAGGCAUCAGCAUGGGCUCGGCACCAUUACUGAGGGCCCUUCGGCUGUUACGCGGUUGCGCCUUGCUGGCCUGAGAGUCUUAAGCGAAGUUGACGACGACACCGGGAUGGUCACAUUCUCCAUGCUUGGAGCAGAACUAGAAGAAGAGCAGAAACUCAAAUAUGAGGAUAUUAAGACCGAGACUGCGAAAGAGGUUUUUCAGGACGAGCUCAGAGAACAGCCAGACGUCAAGGAUGGGGGUCCAUUCACUCAGUUAUCCCACUCGACCACACAGCAACCUCUAACCUGGAAAAGCCGUGCACGGGAAGAAGAGACAGAGCUACAUCUUCAGCAAUUGAAAUCGGAAGAGCACGCAGAAGGAUCUGGCAUUUGCUUAUCUUUCUCGGACGAGCUCGAAUCACAGGCGCGUACGCUCUUUCUCCCUAUCGAAUACUCCUCUUUUGGACAUGCGGUUGCGACUGGCGACUUUGAUGGGGAUGGAAACACUGAUCUAGUGGUGGCAGCACCACAUGCAACCUUUGAUCCUCUACUACCAUCUCAAGGAUCCGUCUUUAUUGUGCCUGGUCAAUCUCUUUUUGUCGACCAAGGAUCGUUUGAUGGCGAAACCGGUACGGAUAUUCGAUCUAUUGCCUCACGUGUAUUGCUUGGUGACCCUGAAGAGCCACAGUCCCGGUUCGGUUGGUCCCUUGCAGUCGUUGAUCUUAAUCAGGAUGGCAUUGAUGACCUUGCUAUUGGUGCGCCUGGUCAUGGAGCCAAAGAUUUAAAAUACGAUGGGUCCGUCUAUGUCUACUUUGGACACAAGGGUUCUGGACUGAGCGAGAAGCCAGAUCUAGUGAUCCGCCACGACCGUACAAAGGAUGCGAAGCAGAAGAUUCCCAAGGGGAUGGAUACUCUCGGAGGGCUGGGAUACAUUCUUCAAGGGCUGGACUUGACAGGAUCUGGGUACGUGGAUCUAGUGGUUGGAAUGCCCAUGGCCACGACUCGCAUCGAUGAGACAACGGAAAAAUCACCACCAAAUCCUAGCAGCGAUGAUACUGAUGGAGAUAGAACAAACCCUCAGAAGAGGUUCAAGCCACAGGCUGGCAAGAUUCUCGUUUUCUUGGCUCAGACCAAGCACCGUGGUCAUAGGCUGGACACGGAUCACGAUUGGGAAUUGCUCGGUGAGGAUCCGUUUGGAUGGUUCGGGGCAGCGUUCACUGUUGUCUCCCAAAGAGUUCAGCAGGUGAUGACUUCAGGGACGUCAGGCCUGUCCUCUCUUUUGUCAUGGAUUCCUUUAAUACAGCCCAAGCAAUACAGAUCGCGGGCGAUGAAGAAGUCCUAUGAACGAAGAAUACUGGUGGUUGGGUCGCCCGCGUUUGGUGUAGGGGAACAGGAGGCUAUGCGCGGCAAGAUCCAGGGCUUUGUCAUACCCGACUUUUCCAAUUCUUCCCCACCUUUCCAGGCGCCGCAAAGAGUCUUUACCAUCCACGGCGAUAGCAAAUUUCAGCAGCUCGGAUCCAGUCUCGCGAUGAACCGCAUCCCAAAGCCCUCCGCCUUUCAGAGUUCUUCUCAGAUCAAAGGAGAAGCACCGCUCGAACUUUUAGUCGUCGGAUCGCAAUCAGAGGACAUUUUGAGCCGCCUUCCACGGAUCGGUCGCUACUGGCAAGCGGGAAUGGUUCGGAUUUUGGAUAUUUCCGUGUUGUCUGAUGCUUCAGAUGUCAAGAUCUCGGACUUGGAUGCGGAUCCUAAAAUCGUCCGCGACUACUUGCAUGGAUCUCAGUCAAUGGCUCACUUAUCUGCGGCAAUGAAGGUCUCAACAGACGGUAAGAGCCUUUGGCUAACAGAGCCAUACGCGAAAGCUGAGGUCGGUCGUAUCCUAGAAUGGGUGCCAGACCUUGAUGGGGAAGGCGCUGGUGGCGACCGUGUUGGGGGAGGAAGUAGACGAGGCGGAAAGAAGCAAAGAAAAGACAUUGUUGUACUUCGUGGUCGACGUCUAGUUCAUGGAAAUCGUGGCGAUGGCGGGGACGACGAUGACGAUGAUGAUAGCGAUCAGGAUCGGAUCAAGCAGUGCUUCAUUGGAUCGGAUUCAAGAGGGCGGUUUGGAUCGCAGUUGCUAGUUCACGAUCUGAAUAAGGAUGGUUUCGAUGACAUUGUGGUCACCUCCUCGCAUGCCUCUCAGUAUGCAACGAUGGCUGGUACUAUUACCAUUAAGUUCAGGUCCUAGGAGAUAUCGCUCUGUCACAUUCAUGUCGCAAGAGUCAAUUCUUCAUAUCGAAGCAUUAUUUUGUAGUUUUGUAGCCUUGGCAGCGCUGCUAUCCUUAAUGAGCACUGCUUAUAUCCCAUCCCCUCAUUAUAAUCAGUAUUCCAGCUUUUUUGUCCGAUAAAGCAUCAGCUUUCCGUGCCUCAAGCAUAAUGAAGGCGUGUAAGGCGAAGAACCUCAUG